AUGCAGCCCCAGGUCUACGACUCUGGAGAUCCUAAUCUUCCAAACUUGCCGGAUAAUGACCAGAUACUGUGGUCCGACUACGAUGACUAUCUUUCGAAUCGUCCUUCCUCGGACAGCUACUCCGAGUCUGAAAGUGAUCACGAACACAGGAAAAACGAUCGACAUAAAAUAAGGACAGCCCAGUCGCCGGCAAGUUCAAGCAAAAAGCACUCCUCGAGAAAGUCGGUUUCCUCUAGCAGGCGAUCCUCCGAGAAAUCACAUUUGCACAAGCCGAUGAUCAGCAUCUUCGGUCCACAUGACGAGCACUUACCGGAUGACUCCGGCAGCGACAGUGAUGCUGGAAACUCUGGCAGCAAGACCGGCAAGAGUCGUAAACCAGGAAAUAUCGAUGAUAUGCUCAAUGAAAAAGAGACCAUUCACUCCUUGCACAGUAUAGGGAGAAGAUCGCAACAAGGAAAUAGCCGACUGAGAAGUAACAGUACAGGUGCAGGAAGUGCACAUAGUUCAAGUGAAAGCUCACAUGCCUCGGCUAGUAGUUCCACGGAAGAUGCCAGUGACGGUGUGGACUCCGAUCAUAAGCAAAGGGAACGGUCUGGUUCGCUAUUCAGCAUGCUGCACAUUCCACGGAUAAUGCACCGUACCCUGAGUUCAAUGUCUAGAAGGAAGUCUGAUAUAGCCGGCCGGUCAGCCUAUAAUUUGACCCGAACUCAUAGUGAGGUACAUCCCCGGUCGACCGCCAGCUCACCGAUCCUGCAACCAACGACAUCACAUGCCGUAGCAGCCGGCGCUGAUCCAGACGAUGCUGAAAUUCGCCCCUUCACUUACUUGCCGUCAGGUGACUUCUAUGACGAAGAAGCAUGCAGACCGGAAGGUCCUGAGGCAUAUGUUGAUAGAGAUGUACGAUAUGACAAAGAUCAGAAUGACAAUGAAACAGUACUGGACUCGAAUAGUAGUGCGUUGAGUAGAAUUACCAAUCCAAAUGUGGAUGAGGACGGAUACGACGAUGCCAGUCUGUCUGACGUUGAAGAUAAUGUUGAGGCUGCAGACCACAAGGAAAGGAGAGGAAGCGAGAAAAGAGCUUAUAAGACCUCAAGCCAUCAGAAAUCAGAUGUUGCCAGUGGUGGCAGCAUCAAACAUAUACAGUCAAGAAUCUCGAGUAAGUCCGCCGGAAGCCGCCAAGUCGAAAUUGAUAGACGUAAGCAUAAGGUGAUUAAAACGGAUACAGAUGACGAAUCAACUUUUCAUAUUCCAUUUAAUUCACAAUACCAGCCUGAGUCAAUCUUGAGGAGAGACCCAGGCCUAGCCAGAGUGAAAACAGGUCACACGAAUAUAACGGCUAAAAGCGAAAACGUCAAUGAUUAUGACCAAAAUUCGAGUGAUGAAAUCGAAGUUGGAGGCGUAAACCAGCCUCCUACUCAAAAAACUAGGAGGAAAAAGGCUGCGAGGCGAAGAAGAAGGAAGUCCAGAAAGUACGUUGGUUCUCAAAGUAAAAAGGAAAGAACCGCAUGGGAACCUGGAAUUGAUUUAAGGACCACUAAUGUCUUCUUGAAUUCUCCAGGAUCCAUUAUUACGAUUACUGACUACUCUAAAGUCAGAUAUAGGAUAAGUCACUAUGAUUUAUAUUCUGAAAUGAACCCUAAAUAUAGCAAGUUCACGUCAGAUGAUACAAUAUUAAGUGCUCAUGAUUUCGAUGAAGAUGAAGACUACGAUAAUAACAAUCCUGAAUAUACUGACUUCAUAAACUACAUGAACAAAGUGACUGACUCGCGUAAAGCAGUUGAAGAUGCCAUUCAGGAGAAGCCACCAUGGUCACAAGUGCGUUGGAUCAAUAUAAAUGGUUUAUCAUGGGAAGCCAUAAGCAUCAUUGGCAAGAAAUAUAACUUGCAUCCCCUUUCGGUUGAAGAUUUGGUCGAUAUACCGCAAAGAACUAAGAUGGAUAUUUAUCAACAGCAUUUGUUUGUCGUUAUGCCACUCAUGAAGUUGUUGAAAGUGAAGAAAGUAUCAGAUGAAUCCGAUGCAACGUAUUUUGAGAAAAUUCGUAAAAAUAUUCGAGAGUUUGCAAGUGGAGAACCAAGCAAGAGUUUCAGUCCUUCUCCUACAAAAGUUUCGAACUCCCCAAAAUUGAAUAAAAACCCUUCAAAAGGCCCCGGCCAAACUACGGGCACCUCUACAGAAGUACCACCGAGCCUACCCAAAGUGGUUACUAAAACGAUCGCUACAAAGGAACAGUUGAGUAGAGAGUUUUCAAGAACUUCGACCAAGUCUGUUGCGCCAGCCUUACUUGUUCCUCCAGCUCCUCUUACUCCGCCUUUAUCUGCUGGAAUACUACCACCUACAACGGGAAACUCGGCUUCGGUUUAUAGAGCCCUGUCUGAUUCUGCCUUAGGAGAUGAAGAAUAUAACAGAAUUGCCAAUGACAGUAAAAAUCGGAACAGCAAUAGCAAAAAGUGCACUAGUGAAGAUAAUAAUAGCAGUGAGAACCAAAUAAGUCGUAUUGGAAGUGGCUAUGAUGAUAACAUCCUACCACGAUCCAACAGGACGUUCAAAAAACCGGUUGUCUAUACCAGCGAGGAAGAAUAUCUGCUUGCGGUUGAAAUUGAAAGAGCAUCAAGUGGACGUCGGUUAACCGAUUUGACCUUCAUUACCCAUUCCUCCACCAAGUAUAAAUCCCGUAUGACUAGUUUGAAUCGUAUGAGGCCAUUAAUGUCGAAAUCUUUGGCUGUUGGUGUCGAACAAGUAAGUAUUUACUUGACUGCUGAAGGAACAGUUUUAUCAUUUUUUGAGCAUUCAGCUAUGGACAUCGAACGUGCCAUUUUGUCUAGGUUGAGUGCUGAAUACACUAUUCUACGUGAAACGUGUAACCCAUCCAUUCUUUUCCAUUCUGUUCUUGAUGCAAAUGUUGAUUUGCUGUAUCCUGUCGUCACGGCAUACAGUAGGAUUCUCAAUGAAAAGGAAUUAGAGAUUUUGACCGCUGCCCUGCCAGAUCUACAACAUACCCAAGAGUUGCACCUAAUGUUGAACGAGUUGGCGAUUUUGAAGAACUCGAUACUGCCAAUAUCCUCGUUGAUCACCCAGUUGAAAGAUCUCAGUAUAGAUCCUACUUCUCAGUUUAUUGAUGAAAGCUGUAAACUUUACAUGGCAGAUAUUGGAGAUCACUUGCUUGCCUUCAUUGACGAAAUAGAUAGUAUGAGCUCUACAAUUGAAAACUUGAUUGAUCUCAUUUUCAACACUCUGAGUGUGGAGACUAACAAUUCAAUGCAAAGGUUGAGUUUGGUUUCGGUCUUAUUCUUACCGUUAACAUUUUGGGCGGGUUACUUUGGUAUGAACUUCAAAAGUUUUGGUAAUCUAGAUUACAAUGUCAACUUUUUCUGGAAGCUUGCGAUUCCUUUCACUGCGGGAAUGAUGAUUUUACUCAUGCGAAACUCCUGUUAUAAAAUUGUGAUUCAUAUUAAGCGUUUACUCGUUUCGUAUUGGAAUGGCCUACAACAGCUGAGGCGGGGCACAGAGAAGCUGUACACCCGAGAAAGCAGGUUCAAUCCUGAGCGAAGUACGCGUUUGCGGACCAAAUCUCGCAAACGUGAUUAA